GUCUAGCUGUCCUAUUCCAUUCGCUCCACUUCACUUGUAUUGCUUUGCAGUAGCUUCCUGCAAUGAUCGUCUAGAUUCAUUCUCUUCUCUCGUCUACGAUACGUCGACCAUCGAUGUCAAGUCCGACCACACGACACGAAUUAUCAACAUUCCCUCACGAUGCUCCUCUUCUCAACCUUUGCACUGCUGGGCCUGCUCGCUCUAGCAGCUGCGCAAGACUACUAUAAAAUCCUCAAUCUCGACAAGUCGGCCGACGACCGCGACCUCAAAAAAGCCUACCGCCGCCUGUCCAAGAAGUACCAUCCCGACAAAAACCCCGACGACGAGUCUGCCGCCCAGAAAUUCGUCGAAGUGUCCGAAGCGUACGAAACUCUCAUCGACUCCGAACUCCGCCAGAUCUAUGAUCGCCAUGGAGCCGAAGGCGUCAAACAGCACAAAGAACGCGGUCAAGGACGUGGUGGAGGCGGUCGGAACCCAUUCGAUAUCUUCAAUCAAUUCUUCGGAGGUGGAGGCCAUUUCGGACAUGGAAAACGUCAAGGACCGGAUAUGGAAGUUCGCAUACAAGUCUCGUUGAAGGAUUUUUAUACGGGCGCUGAGCAUGAGUUCAAAAUUGAGAAGCAGGUCAUUUGUCACAAGUGUGAAGGGUCGGGAUCGGAAGAUGGGAAGAGGGAUAAAUGUGCGAAAUGUUCGGGACAUGGUGUGGUGAUACAGAAACAGAUGUUGGCCCCUGGGAUCUUCCAGCAGAUGCAGAUGCAAUGUGAUGCGUGCGGGGGGCAUGGAGAGACGGUACGACACAAAUGCAAGACGUGUGGGGGUGCGAGGGUGGUUAAGAGCGAGGAGACGUAUGAUUUGUCGCUGGAGAAGGGGAUGCCGAAUGGAGCGACGGUCAUGUAUGAGAAUGAGGCCGAUGAAAGUCCGGACUGGGAGGCCGGGAGUCUGUUGGUGCAUGUGGUGGCGAGUGAUCCGCAGAUUGCUGCCGAGGAGAAGGAUCGGACGGAUGGGACGUUCUUCCGCAGGAAAGGAGAACAUUUAUUUUGGAGAGAGGUGCUCUCAUUACGAGAGGCGUGGAUGGGCGAUUGGACACGCAACCUGACACAUCUCGACGGGCAUGUCGUGCAGCUUUCGCGUAAACGAGGUGAAGUCGUGCAGCCGGGGCAUGUCGAAGUGGUCCCCGGCGAGGGCAUGCCCGUGUGGAAAGAUGAGAGCGAAGCAUACGGUGCUCUCCACGUCGAGUAUGUCGUGGUCUUGCCGGAUCAGAUGGAAAGCGGCAUGGAAAAGGAAUUUUGGGGCACAUGGGAGAAGUGGAGGAAGAAGAUUGGAGUGGAUUUACACAAGGACUCGGGAAGGCCUGCCGUGAAGCAUGAUGAGUUGUGAUCCCUGACUGAUGAUUUUGAAUCACGCCUUGGGAGGCUAAUGUGGCUGUGGGCUGUGGCUGUAACUGCUGCUGUACUUUGAGCGUUUGCAUGUUAGAGCAUAGAAUCUUUUUUUCUCACUACCAGAAUAUGCGAAAGAAAGAAAAAUCCUUUUCUUUUUCGAAAAACCGGUUCAUUCCCAAGGUAGGUAUAUCAUCAAGUCGUACUGCUCAUCCCACCAUAAUAUAUUACACACAAAUAUGUCCAUAGAACCCCCCAAACUCCCAUCCCAUCCCCUCCUCAACCUCUGAUCCCCCUUCCUCAUAACUCCCUCCCUUCCCUCAUCCUCUGAAAUCUAUGUCUUCUCUCCUCCACUGGAAGCGAAUCUCUUGCUCGAUCGUCAAAGGCGCGGAAGCGGCCUUCGAUACUUUUACUUGCUACAGUGCCGAAUUUGAGAGCGGAGUGGUCGGCUGUGACUAGAUAUGCUCCGUAGAUGGGUAUGGAAGCGAGAACGGUGAGGGAUGUGAGGGCUUUGAAGGUUGCGAGGGACAUUUUUUCUUUUUUGGUUUUCUUUUUUUAUUGGGGGUGUUGGGUUGAUUGGGUUUGGUUGGAUGUGAUGAUGUCUCUCUCUCUCUUGUGUUUUGUGUGGUAAUGUCUUAAAUCUUUGAUCUUUGAUUGGUAUCACUUGUCUCUGAGUUCUUCUUCUUUGAUAUUGGUAAAUGGUUGAAUGUGGAGUGGAUCUUCAUG